AUGGAAGCCUGUGCAAAUCGCCGCAAUUACGCUCUCCAUGAAUUAUCAAGAAUCACUCGCGAGCUGUCUGAGAUUUCUGGUCCGUAUGACAGAGCGACGGCUCCUAUUUUGGACGCCUUGUCGAGAACAAUCGUGCAAAUUUUCACCAAAGUCGCUGAAUGUGCCAAUAAUACCCAUGACCAUGAGCGUAUUACUGCUCUUGUCAACCACGCCCGGCACUUGAUCGAACAAAUCCGACGCAGAAACCGUGGCCGCCGAGCCUAA